AUGGCGACAGCUUGGGGUAAGGUCUGUCGCCAAUGCGUCAGUACCGUCGCAGAAGUCCCAAUCCAAAUCCUACUCGUCGCAAUCGCAGCUACCUUCCUAGGCCUAUUCGUCCUGUUCUCCCUCUUCAUAUUCCUCGUCGCGCCAUCCCCACGCGUCCCCCUCCCAGAAGAAAAGAAGUAUAGAACCCUAGCCAAAGAUGGCUCCGUCACAAACCCCCAACCACUCCCCUGCUGGCUCGACAGCCUAGACGCGCAACUCAAUAGCGAUCGCAAAAGCACACCCACUCCAUCUCUCGAACCGGCAGACCUCUUCAUGUCCGUCGUCGUACCAGCCUACAAUGAAGAAGACCGCCUAACCGGCAUGCUGGAAGAAGCAGUCAACUACCUAGAACGCAUGUACGGCACAGCAACAAACCGUGAAGGAAAUACCAACACCGGUAGCGAGAGCGAGACAAGCACAAUGGAAACACGGUCAAUGCGGAAACGCAACCCAAUCACCGCCGCCAACGGAGACGCGAAUGCGAACGGCCACGCCGCCGUCGCUACCUCGAUUCCAGACCGCGGCUGGGAAAUCAUCCUCGUCUCGGAUGGAUCCACAGAUCGCACCGAGGAAGUCGCGUUCCGCUUUGCGCGCGAUCAUCAGCUCUCGCUUCAUCCCAAGGGUAAUGCUGGGCCGUGGACACCUCACGUUUCUGAGGGUGUGCAUAUCCCGCCUGGAACGAUUCGGGUCGUGACCUUGACUGAGAACCGGGGCAAGGGCGGGGCUGUUACGCAUGGCAUGCGCCAUGUUCGCGGUCAGUAUGUUGUUUUUGCGGAUGCGGAUGGGGCGAGUAAGUUUGACGAUCUGGGUAAGCUUGUUGGGGCGUGUCGCGAUGUUGAGGAUGCGCGUGGGCGUGGUGUGGCUGUUGGGUCGCGCGCGCAUAUGGUUGGGAGUGAGGCUGUUGUGAAGCGAUCUAAACUACGCAACUUCCUUAUGCAUUCCUUCCACUUGAUCCUUCGGUUGAUGACGCCUCCUAAGACUGCUACGGUUAAGGAUACGCAGUGCGGGUUCAAGCUUUUUUCGCGUCCUGCAUUACCCUAUAUCGUGCCAUACAUGCACUCCGAAGGCUGGAUCUUCGAUGUUGAGAUGCUCAUGUUGGCUGAGUUUGCCCGGAUCCCCGUGGCUGAGGUUCCUGUGGGUUGGAGGGAAGUGAAGGGGAGCAAGUUGAAUGUUCUUAGAGAUAGCAUUGGCAUGGCCUGGGGUCUGGCUGUCCUGCGGGCGGCUUGGUCUCUUGCAGAGCUCCGUCUCAAAAUCUACGAAUAUGCCUUGGCAGUACCAAACGAGUACAUGAACAAGCCAUUGAUAGUGGUCGACGACCGUGGCAAAGUCUUCACAGCCCGCGGCCAAUACAGAGCCCUAGCAAUGAGUCCAAGCUGGGUUGGCGAAGACGGCACAGCACGCAAGCUCCUCGCCGUCAACCACCAAAUCCACGACGAAGCCGAGGACUACCUGUACUCACAGCACACGCUGUUCUUCCGCAACUCAUUCAACCUAGAUCGGCUGGGCGAUUUCCUCGGCACGCUUAGCGCAACGGCGCGCUCGCGCAUUCGCAGCGUUGGCUUUGAGGUCUUCUUCUUCGUUCAUACGCAGACGGGCGUGCCGAAGCGUACCAUCAAGCAGUAUGAGCUUGCUGCCAGGCUUCUUUCGGAGAAGUUGCCCGAUUGGCGGAGUGUGUUGUUUUAUCUUGAUCCGCGUUUUUAUUAUCCCUCUGCUAAUGUUGGUGGGAGGGAUCUCACGGCGAGGGGAGUGUUGGAUCUUGCUAUGCGGUUUGGGUGCUGCCGGGAUAUUAGUUUCUUUCCGUUACCGAAUGGUGACCAGCGUCUUUUGGAAGAAGCUCAGCAGUUUGUUUGGAGGAGUCGAUCGCCGCCGAGGUCGCCUGCUUAUUGUUCGCUUUCGAAGAAGUAUCCGUUUACUUCGGAUUUCUCGAAGUCUUUGCCAAAUCACUGGUCCACGUCAUCAGUGUUCUGA